CAGACAAAGCACUAGGAGACAGAAGAGUCACCAGGACUUCAGACAUGGACAAGAGUUUAUUUCUAGCACUGCUGAUCUCAGGUCUCUGUAGUGCAGCCUCAGCUCUCUCUCGGCAAUAUUACUUUGUGAAUGAGGGUAAGACUUGGUUGGAGGCUCAGAGGUACUGCAGAGAGAAGUACACUGACCUGGCUACUGUAGACAACAUGGAGGAGAUGAAGCAGCUGAUGGCAGCAGUAGAUCCUAAGUACAGUGGUGCUCUGUGGAUAGGACUGAACAAGGCCCCCCCAAGACGCUGGGGCUGGUCUUCAGGAGAGAUCCCACAAUACAUGAAUUGGAGAAGUCUGGAACCAGACGGUGGAGACAGAGAUGGACUUUGUGCAGCAAAAUAUCAGUCUAGUGGAUGGAUUGAUGCUAAUUGCACAAAUCUUUGGGAAUUUGUUUGCUACAGCGAACCGACUAAACAAUUUAUCCAUGUUAGCAAACGAGCCAGUUGGAGAAAUGCUCAGGAUUAUUGCCGAAAGAACUACACUGACCUGGCCACCAUUCACAAUGAGGAGGAACAUCAGCACGUUUCAGAUCUUCUGGGCAGUGUAGAAUACGCAUGGAUAGGCCUUUUCUUCGACAACUGGAAAUGGUCUGACCGACGAAGCACCUCAUUCCGCUACUGGAACGAAGGACAACCCUGGAGCCCCACAGGCAAUGCAAGCUGCGUCUCAAUGGUGACUACUUGGAAUAGACAAUGGGAUGACGCACUGUGUGACGUAAAGACACGUUUCAUGUGUUACAAAGCACCGAGACAACGCAUAGUGAAACUGACAAUAACCUCGAAUGGAAUAAAGGAUCUGAAUGACCCUGCUGUGAAGACAGCCAUACUGAGUCAGAUGGAGAAAAAAUUGAGAACACAAGAAGCGGGUAAUGACGCCACCCUGAGCUGGCGAGAGAAAAAUGGAAAGGUUUUCCAUUUGUACAAGAAGAGGAUGAUGAAGAACGACAAGUGUGUUUAAUGUACUCAUAUGUGUACAAGACGCAGGCAAUCCCAGUUUCCAGCUACCAAGCUUAAGAUACAAAUCAAAGCUCAGUCCAUCAUCAGAAGUCACCCCUUGUGAUGCUGAUAAAUACAUCAAUAGUAUACUUGAAAUGUAUACAGCGCACUAGGGGUGUUUUCAAAUUACAGUUUUUCCAAACCGCUUGCUCUGCGAGUUUGGUAUGUUUGGUCAAGUGUGCAACCUGUUUUCAACCCUGGGAGUAGUCCAGAGGACCAAUCUCUGGUCCUCCUGAAAUAGGUGGUCUGGUUUGCUUCCAGCUAACUCUGGUGUGGUCCGCUAUGCGUGUGGAAGCUAUCCGCUUCUGGUGGCAUGUGUGGGGCUGUGUGAUUGGUUAAUUCAGAUGCUUCACAUCACUUCACUUUCUACGUUUUGUGAAAAAAGAUUGCUGUGGACAGCAGAGGGGACAGAAUGCCAUAUGACAGUGCCAUGUUAUCACUAUUAUGCAUCAGUUUAUGCCUAGUAAACCUAAUAAAACACACUUUCCUAGGACUGGAGCAAGGUUGCUCUAAUAAGCUUACUUCUGCAGAGUGUUAAAGAGACAAAUG